AUGGAAUUUUCGAAUGCAGAGAUAAUUAAACUUCAGCAAUGGCUGAUCACAAUGACAAAAGAUAAUUAUCAAGAAGUAUUCGAAAAGAUCAUGAACACAUCUUUCAUUAACUCUGAAGAAGGCCAACACAUUAUUUUACACAAUUUACUGCUUUCCUACAAAUACCGUAGGAGAUUCCCAAUCCCUGCUGUUAGGAUUAUCGGACUCCUGUACGAAGAAGCUAAAAAUAACGAGAAAAUGAAAAAUAUUCCUAAAAUUUUUAUUUUCUUGCUUUCAAAAGAAAUCCUUCAACGAUAUCCUUUCCAAAAGUCAUUCAUUUCAUCCUACUUAUUCCUUCGUGAAGUUGUAGAGCAAAAUAUUAUUUCUUUGGAUGUUUUACUUCACAUGCUUGAAAAGCUGUUUUUCACAACAUACAAAAAAUCAAGAAACUGGUACAGUGGCGAAAGUAUGAACACAUUGUUCAUUAUUUGCUUCCUUUCUAUAUUUGGACAUUUAUUGAAAGAUCGACUCCCACAAGAAUACGAAAAGCUUGAAAACAAGAUCGCAAACGAUCCGCUGUGUACUAACUCUACUACUGGCGAGAGCCAAUUCUACAGGGAAUUCCUUAUUAUUCGACAACAAGAAUUUAGUUUUUUCAAGAUGGACCCAUUCCAAAACGGUUCUAUUAUUAUGGCUCUCCAUCGUGAUAACCUUCAAUGCCUUCAAGAGAUUGCCGAAUCAGGCAAAUUUGAUCCAAACUUCCGAAUUAACCCUACAAUUCUUGAAUCAGUUGAUGAACUGAACACACAUCCUCCACUUAUUUCUAUUGCCGCAUUUUAUGGCUGCGUAAAAUGCUUCAAAUUCAUGGUAAUGAACGGUGCCGAUCUAAAACUCAAAUCAGACAACGGCUGGGAUGUUCUUACAUAUGCCAUUGCAGGUGGCAAUAUCGAAAUCAUACGUAGCAUCGUUCCAAACAACCAACCACCGAAACAUCUGAUAUCAGUCGCGAUUCAGUACCAUCACUUUGAGAUUUUCCAUUGGUUCUACACUCUUUACUUCAACAACAUCAGCCAGGAAGACUUCAAAGUCGAAGCUACACCAAUGUUAUGCGCGGCGGCCCUAUCAGACAACGUUUGUGUCCUCGACUACCUUCUUUCUCAUGGAGCCAUUCCAGGUGUUGUUGAUUCGAUGGGAUGGACACCACUUAUGUAUGCCGCUGAAGCAGGAAACGCGGAAGUUGUUUCCAUCCUCCAGAAAAGCGGUGAUGUUCUGAUCAACAACAAAGAUGACAAAGGAUGGACCGCUCUUCAUCGUGGUGCAAUUAAUGGUCACACACGUGUUCUGCGACUUCUUCUUUCUGAUCCAUCCAUUGAUGUCAAUGCCACUAACAACUCAUCACGUACAGCAUUGAUCCGGGCAGCUCGUGACGGACAUUUCGAAGCUUUAGAACUUCUCUUGAGUUUUCCAGGCAUCGAGAAGAACAUCGUCGACAAGAAGAAUCGCAGUGCUCUUCAUUACGCAGUUCUUCUCCACCACAAACAGUGCGUUGAGUGUCUUCUGAACGACAAAGAUGUCAAUCCACAACUUCCUGAUGAUUCUAGUUUCACACCUCUUCACAUCGCUGCAUCUAAUGAUUUCUCAGACUUAAUCCGUCUUUUCGCCGAUCGAGAUGACGUUGACUUGAACUGCGUCGACUCAAUCCAGUGGACACCUCUCCAUGUUGCCGCUAAAUGCGGCUCAACUAGUUUCGUCGAAGAGUUGCUUCAACACGAAAAUGUCGAUGUCAACCGUCAGAACUUGAUGAAGCGAACUCCUAUUUUCAACGCUAUUGAAAACGAAAAAAUCGAAGUUGUCAAAGUUCUCCUUUCUCGUGAAGACCUCGAUUUGAGUGUUGUUGACAGCGAAGGACACACAGCUAAAGAUGUCGCACUCCAGACAAAGAACGAAGAUAUCAUUAAUCUUCUUUUAAAUAAAUGA